GGGUCCGACAUCGGCUCGCGCUUCGGCGAUGACGUUUAUACCGAUUGGUGGUCGAAUCCAUUUCUUUCCUUAUUCUCUCUUUUAAUUUUCUUCGAGUAGGUACGUCGCUUCCCAAAGGCAGCCGCCCGUUUCGAAAACAGCGGAAACCGAGAAAACAUCACACAAAUCCGGGUGUGACAUUCGAGAAAAGAGAUGUUUUCCUCGAUGAAAACGCUCAUGACCGCGGCGAUCCGGGCCGACCAGAUUAUGGCCCGGUCGUACGCGGCCAAGGCAGCGGCAAAUGCUGCCGCCGGUGCACAGGGCAAGAUUGUGGCCGUCAUCGGUGCCGUCGUGGACGUGCAGUUCGACGAGCAGCUGCCCCCGAUUCUGAACGCGCUGGAGGUGCAGGGCCGCAGCGCCCGGCUGGUGCUGGAGGUUGCGCAACAUCUGGGUGAGAACACCGUGCGCACCAUUGCCAUGGACGGUACGGAGGGUUUGGUGCGUGGCCAGCGCGUGCUCGACACCGGCUCGCCCAUCCGUAUUCCGGUCGGUGCGGAAACGCUCGGUCGCAUCAUCAACGUGAUCGGAGAGCCGAUCGAUGAGCGCGGUCCGAUCAACACCAACCUGUCCGCUCCGAUUCACGCCGAAGCGCCCGAGUUCAUCGAGAUGAGCGUCGAGCAGGAGAUUCUGGUGACGGGCAUCAAGGUGGUGGAUCUGCUGGCCCCGUACGCGAAGGGUGGCAAGAUCGGUCUGUUCGGUGGUGCCGGUGUCGGCAAGACCGUACUGAUUAUGGAGCUGAUCAACAACGUCGCCAAGGCGCACGGUGGUUACUCCGUGUUUGCCGGUGUCGGCGAGCGUACCCGCGAGGGUAACGAUCUGUACAACGAGAUGAUUGAGGGAGGUGUCAUCUCGCUGAAGGACAAGUCGUCCAAGGUCGCGCUGGUGUACGGUCAGAUGAACGAGCCGCCCGGCGCCCGCGCUCGUGUCGCCCUGACCGGACUGACCGUCGCCGAGUACUUCCGUGACCAGGAGGGACAGGAUGUGCUGCUCUUCAUCGACAACAUUUUCCGCUUCACCCAGGCCGGUUCGGAGGUGUCUGCCCUGCUGGGCCGUAUCCCGUCCGCUGUCGGUUACCAGCCCACGCUGGCCACGGACAUGGGUAGCAUGCAGGAGCGCAUUACCACGACGAAGAAGGGUUCGAUUACGUCGGUGCAGGCCAUCUACGUGCCGGCUGACGAUCUGACCGAUCCGGCUCCGGCCACCACCUUCGCUCACUUGGACGCCACCACUGUGCUGUCGCGUGCCAUCGCCGAGCUGGGCAUCUACCCGGCUGUCGAUCCGCUGGAUUCGACCUCGCGUAUCAUGGACCCGAACAUUAUCGGCGCCGAGCACUACAACAUUGCCCGUGGCGUGCAGAAGAUCCUGCAGGACUACAAGUCGCUCCAGGACAUCAUUGCCAUCCUGGGUAUGGAUGAGUUGUCCGAGGAGGACAAGCUGACCGUCGCCCGUGCGCGCAAGAUCCAGCGUUUCCUGUCGCAGCCCUUCCAGGUUGCUGAGGUGUUCACCGGUCACGCCGGUAAGCUGGUGCCGCUCGAGGAAACGAUCAAGGGCUUCACCAAGAUCCUGAACGGUGAGCUCGACCAUCUGCCGGAGGUCGCCUUCUACAUGGUCGGCCCGAUCGAGGAGGUCGUCGAGAAGGCGGAGCGUCUGGCUAAGGAAGCUGCCUAAGCGCCCGAUCGCUGCCACUUUUUUCGAGCUUUCCGAACGGCAAACCACCACAACACCACAUACCCUGCCAUUCGUGAGCAUAUAUAGCGGCUAGCGGAAGAGAGAGAGAGAGAGAGUACCCGCACGCGAAAACUGGCCGUUAGAUUUUACUUAGAGAAGAGAAUGAUGUUUUGUGACCAGACCAGAUAAACUCCCGCAACAACAAUAACAACAGUGAAAAUCGAACACGCGGAUACGAAACAACCACACACACCACCAUGGAUGAUCAUUAACCACCACGACGGGAACACCGACCGCGAACGAGCUGGCUGCUUUUAAUUUCUAACGUGCGCUUCUACCAGGGACUGCCACCCACCACCAGUGAACGGCGGAAGGAGCUGCCCUGUGCGAGAUCCCGCAAUGCAUCUCCUCCCAAAAACUACCAUCCAAUCGCAGCGGAUCUUGCACCGGUCACCUCAUUCCGGGUCAUAAUCGUUAAAAAGGGGGAAAAAAAAUUAAAAAGGUAAGCAAAAAAACAGCAGCAGCAAAUCGAAUCGAAGAACAACUAACGACACAAUCGACGAGCGGAAGCGCCUUUUCACGAUCUGAAUAUUCGGAAAAUGGUUCUACGUGUGUGUUCACAGCCGGAAGUAGUAGCAGCAGCAGCAACAACAACAACAACAACCGCUACACGCUCUAGUGCUUAGCCCCGUUUGUGAUACAUGCAUGGGGACGGAACCGGGUGGGUUGUUGUUUUAAAUUCGCUCGAAAAUACACGUAAUCGAUAACAGAGUUUGUCGUUUCAGUAA